AUGAUUUCAAUUAAAGAAACAAUACAAAGAUUAAUCAAAUCAAAAAAUCAUCUCAACCAACUUCAACAAACCAAAAUCAAACCAAAACCUAAUAACAAAAAAUCGUCAACCCCAAAAGAUAUAGAAAUUCAUUCCAAAACAAAACAUGUGCCACUUAAUACCACUAAAUCAACAUCAAAUUAUCAUAAGUCAAAUUUUCAAAAAUAUUUAUCUCCUUUAAAUUCACCACAUUUGAAAAUUUACAAGAAAAACGAAUGGGAUCCAGAAUUAGCUAAAUCAAACUGGAUAGAAAAGAAAUCAAAAGCUCCAAAACAUCAAUUAAGUUAUUACAUAAAUAACAGAAACGCAUUUGAAGAAAUGAAAGAAUUAGUAUUGAAAAAUCUUCCACAUCAUUUAAAAAAUGUCAAAGAAGAACAUUUGAAAUCUAUACUAUUGGAACAAGAACAACUUGUUAAACGACGAGAUAUCCCAUCGGUUUCAUAUGAUGAAAUACCACAACUACCGAAAAAUCUAACAUCCGCAUCAUUUGAAAAUUAUGUUUAUCAAUUAUGUUAUACACAAUUUUAUUAUAAGAAUAGUUUCUCUUUGGAUAUUGGAAUUAUUCCGCAAAUUUUAUUAUGGACUCAUUCAUUAGAUAAUGACAAAUUUAAAAACUUUAGAUCAACUAGGACAUUUAAUCACUUAAUUUAUUAUUUCGGAUACGUUAAGAAUCAAAAUCAAUUCCUGAGGGAAUUAUUACUCGUUAUGAAUAAAGAUGGACAUGAGAUAGAUAUAGAUACGAUCAAUUUAAUACUUAAGAUUUCAAAAAUACAAAAUGGUAUAUUAUCAACAACGUCAAUUUAUAAAAUAAUCAAUCGAUAUUUAAAACUAAGUGCAAAAUUGGGGAUUGAAUUAAAUUUAGAAACAAUUGUUCGAAUUUAUGAUUUAAUAUCUAAUAUUCAUUUUAAGGAAAAUUAUCUUAAUUGGUUAAUAGAUCAUCAAAUACCAAUUAGUCAAAAUUUAAUAAUUCGUAUACUUGAAGAUUAUUUAUAUACUACGACAGAUACAGAUAAAGUUAUAAAAUUUAUUGAAUCUGAUUUGACUUAUAAAGAUUGGAGAAAUGAUGAUACUUUUAAAAGACAAGUUGAGUUUCAUUAUGGAUUGACUGGAAAUACGAAAACGAAAACGAAAAUUACUGAUCUUAAAGCGUUUAUAUCAGGAUUGAAAAAUAGUGAAUUGGAAAAGAAAAGUGUGAUUAUGUUGAAGAGUUACGUCAUGUUUAAUGGUGAUAAAUUUCAAAUUCAAAUAUAUAAGAAUAUAAUCAAUACGAUAUUAAAAGAGAAUUUAAAUUUAAAAAAUUUGAAGAGUUUAUCAUUUAUAAUUAGAGGAUUGUAUCAUGAGUAUUUAAAAGCUUCAAAUUUGAAAACUAGUAAAUUUUCAGAUGUUGUUCCUGAGAGUUAUAAGAAUAUUGUAUCUAAAUCACAAAUACAUUUUAAGUUUCAAGCUAUGAUAGAGUAUGUAAAUACCAUAACUAAUGAUAAAGUUAAAAUGCCAUGGGAAAUAUUUAAUGAGGAAGAAAUAGAAGAAUGGGAAGGUACCAAAAAAAAAUUAACUGAUAAUGUUUUUAUAUUUGAAAGUGAUUCUGGUUUUGAAAUACCUGUAGAAUUACAAAAUGGUAUUAAAUAUAGAGAAGAACAUAUAAAAGCCAAGAUAUAUUCAAAUAAGAAUAGAAAAAGAUUGAUUUUGACCGAGAAUAAUGAUUCUUUAAUGAAACACUUAAGAGAAAGAAAUUUAAUUGAAGAAUAG